UUCACCGAUUUCUAAUCAAUGGAUUUAAAAUCUACAAUGAAUGAUUCAUGGAAGAUAUGCUCCAUUGCAACAUUGCUUGGAUGGCUUUUCCUGUUCAUGUUUUUUGGCAAAAAUCAUCCAAGUAUUAAUCUCUCAAACUUUAUAAAUGCUAUUGCCCACAAGAAACCUUCAAAUUUUACCUAUAACUUUGUACAACAACCAACACAAAAAUCAAAAACAACCUGCAAUAUAUUUGAUGGGAGAUGGGUUUACAGGCCUGACGACAAUUUUACUUACAAUGCUUUGAAUUGUCCUUUUAUUGAAGAAAAGAUGAGCUGCCAAAAGAAUGCGAGGCCAGAUUUCGAGUACUUGAAGUGGAGAUGGGAAGCUAUAAAUUGUGAGAUACCAUUGUUUAAUGCAAUAGACAUGAUGGAAAUGCUCAGAAAUAAGAGGAUGAUCUUAGCAGGAGACUCACUAAAUCGAAAUAUGUGGGAAUCUCUUGCUUGCCUUCUACAUUCAUCCGUUCCUUCCUCAAGUGUUGAGCUACAUGAUAAUAGCACAAUCUCGAGACUCUUCUGGAAAUCAAAGGAGUAUAACUUCACUGUUGAAUUUUAUUGGAGUCCAUUCCUUGUUGAAUUUAAUACGAACCAUCAAAGCGGAAAAAGAGUUCUUGUGUUGGACAAGCUUUCACCUAAUUCUAAGAUGUGGAAGGGGGCUGAUGUUAUGGUAUUCAAUUCAGGUUACUGGUGGGUUCAACCUGGAGAUUAUAGAAGAUGGGAUCUCUUCGAAUACGAGGGAAAGCUCAUUGAUGAUAUGCCCGUAGAACUAGCUUAUGAAAGGGGCAUGAGAACAUGGGCAACAUGGAUCGAGAAUAACGUGGAUCCCAAUAUAGCAACUGUUUUUUUUAGGAGCAUUUCCGCUGAGCACAAAACCAAGACUUCAGAAAGAUGGUGCUACAAUAAAACCAAACUCGUCGUUGAUGAUUCAUAUGCAUCAGACUAUCCUAACUAUUUAGUGGAAAUUAUUGAGAGCUUGAUCAAUGGUUUUAGCAAAUCCCAAGUGAAGUACUUGAACAUUACCAAGCUAUCAAAGUAUAGAAUAGAAGCACAUCCUUCAAUCUACAGAUACAAGGACUGGAAGAUUCUUACUCAAAAAAAUGAGGAUAUUCUCUCUUUACAUCCUGAUUGUAGUCAUUGGUGUCUACCUGGAGUUCCAGAUACUUGGAAUAGAUUAUUAUAUGCUUCACUUCUUUUUGAUAUUAAAAGAGAUGCAUAAGUAAUUUAUUGUUGUUUUACACUCAUUUGUGUUUGUUGCGUAACAAAAAGGAAAAUUAAAUACUUUCGUUAUUUUAGAAAGAAUGCAAGACUUACAUUUUUAUAUUCAAAUUUACACACUUACACUAGUGAAAAUAAUCAAAUU